UAUACUGUAGUUAGUGAUAGUACGAAAUUAACAAAAUGCACAUCUUCAAAUGGUGAAAGAGCGAGAGAGCAACAAUACUGGAGUGCCAGACAAUUUUUACGACCCUGCUACUGCAAUCUGUUUAUUUUGUUGAUGUAUAAUUCAAUAAAGUGACCAACAACAACGAAGAAUUGUUUUCAGAGGACAAGUAAGCUCAGUCAUUGCACGAAUCACAAUGUCGGAUUCCGGUAACCAAUCCUACUGCUCUCAAGUGGGUAACCGCACGUCUUUCUUCACGAGCGCCUACAAUGGGAUACCAGAGACCCUGAUACUGAAUACAAUUUUCUGGAUUCUGCUCAUUCUGCUGUUCACAACGCUGCGGCAUCAGGCGAGCGACUUUGGCCGCUUGGCGCUGGUGAACAGCAAUGGCAGCAAGAAACGCUGGACCGAGAUAUUCUAUUCGCGAGCGACCAGCAUGGUUGAGCCCCAGCCAGGCACAUCCACGCAGGCGACCCCGCGACCAAGUGUCAACUCCCAAAACAGCGGCGACUCCACUCCCCUGUCGCCAGUGCAACCCGAGCAGGGCCUCUUUGGCUGGAUUUGGAUCACGUUUAAGCUGAGGAAGGAGACAAUCUUGCUGCAUACGGGUCCCGAUGCAGUGCACUACUUGUCUUUCCAGCAGCAUUUGAUGGCCGUCAUGGCUAUCGUGACCCUCAUCUCUCUGGCCAUAAUUUUGCCCGUCAAUUUUCUGAACGGACCCAAGGAUACGCCGUACGAUGUGAAUGCCUUUGGCCGGACAACUAUGGCCAACCUGUCGCCGGAGUCUCCUUGGCUCUGGGUGCACACAAUCAUUACCAUCCUGUACAUUCCGCUGGUGGUUCGCAUCAUGCGGCGUGCGUCGGGGCGCAAUGCGUUCAAAAAGGCCGCAACGAGGACAAUCAUGAUAUCGAACAUCUCGUCCAGCGAUCGCAACAAGACAGUUGUGCGGAACUACAUGCAGGAGCUGUUUCCGAUUACAACAUCAGCAACAAUCCAUUACAAGCAAGAAGAGCAACACACCUGGUACCCAGCAUAUGUACAAUGUUGUGAAGAGAUCUAUGUGACUUGUACAAUUUAUUCCUUCAUUCUUUUGUAUCUAACGACAAAUAUUAGAGCUGUUUCGACUCGCUCACUCCGCCGGGGCGCUACUUACUGAGGAAAACAGUGGAAACAGCGAGUGCAUGGAACCAAAAUUUUACAUUCUAAUAGAUAAGUCCGUUCACUAAGAAAUUACAAGAAUCUCCGUUUCAUUUGAAGCACA